GUUCAUCAGAAAGAGAUCAGGAGCAGAGUCCCAGCUGUGUGUCUGUGAGGAGUGACCGGAUUGUGGAUCCUCCAGGAAAAAAGUUUAAGAGUGGAGAUACAAAGACUGAUCUCAGGAUCUGCAGUCAGAGAUCUUCAUCUCCUGAUCACAGCUGUGUGUCUCUGAAGAGUGACAGAUCCAUGGGUCAUCAUCCUCCUGACCUCAGUGAUGAAGCAGUGACCUCUGACCCCAGUUCAGUUCAUCAGAAGAGAUCGGAAGCAGAGUCCAGCUGUGUGUCUCUGAGGAGUGAUGUGUCUAUGGGUCGUGAAAUAGAGUUUAAGAGUGGAGAUAGAAAGACUGAUCUCAGUUCAGUUCAUCAGAAGAGAUCAGGAGCAGAGUCCAGCUGUGUGUCUCUGAGGAGUGAUGUGUCUAUGGGUCGUGAAAUAGAGUUUAAGAGUGGAGAUAGAAAGACUGAUCUCAGGAUCUGCAGUCAGAGAUCUUCAUCUCCUGAUCACAGCUGUGUGUCUCUGAAGAGUGACAGAUCCAUGGGUCAUCCUCCUCCUGACCUCAGUGAUGAAGCAGUGACCUCUGACCCCAGCAGAGCAGAUGGAGAGCGAAGCAUCUCUGGAGGAGUCUCCUCUGUCUUCUGGCUGAACAACACGAGCGGUACAGCGUCUCUGAAUAAACAUGAUCAAGCAGUGAAUGAUGAACUACAGAGAGUCAAAGAGCAGCACAAAACCAGCAUGAAGAACAAGUAUGAGAGAUUAUGUGAGGGACUGAAACUCCAGGAGAACGAGAGCCUCCUGAACAGCAUCUACACACAGCUCUACAUCAUAGAGGGAGAGAGAGAAGGAGUGAAUGAAGAACAUGAGGUUUUACAGAUGGAGAAAACAGCCAGAACACAACACUCACGAUACACUCCAAUCUACUGCAAUGACAUCUUUAAAGCCUCAGCUGAAGCAGGAUCUGAGGACAAAGACCAGAUCAAGACUGUUCUUACUAAAGGCAUCGCUGGAAUCGGAAAAACCGUCUCUGUGCAGAAGUUCAUUCUGGACUGGGCAGAGGGAAAGGCCAAUCAGGAUGUAGAUUUCAUGUUUGUGCUUCCAUUUCGAGAGCUGAACUUGAUCCGAGAUCAUCAGUACAGUCUUCACAGACUUCUGCUUGACUUUCAUCCUGAACUUCAAGAUCUGGACUCACAGAUUUAUGAGGAGUGUAAAGUUGUGUUCAUCUUUGAUGGUCUGGAUGAAAGCAGAAUCACACUGAUGUUUUCAGACGCUCAGAAAGUUUGUGAUGUGACUGAGACUUCAUCAGUGGAUGUGUUGAUGUCAAAGCUCAUGAAAGGAGAGCUGCUUCCCUCUGCUCUCAUCUGGAUCACCUCCAGACCAGCAGCAGCCAAUCAGAUCCCCUCCGAAUACAUCCACCGUCUGACAGAAAUUCAGGGAUUCACUGAGCCUCAGAAGGAGGAAUAUUUCAGGAAGAGAAUCAGUGAUGAGCAUCAAGCCAGCAGAAUCAUCUCACACAUCAGAAGAGCAAGAAGCCUCCACAUCAUGUGCCACAUCCCCGUCUUCUGCUGGAUCUCAUCCACUGUGCUUCAGAAGCUCCUGGAAGAAGAUCUGAGAGCAGAAAUCCCUCAAACUCUGACUGAAAUGUACAUCCACUUCCUGCUGAUUCAGAUCAACAUGAGGAAGCAGAAGUAUGAAGAGAGAGAUCCAGAGAAACUCCUGCCGUCCAACAGAGAAGUGAUUGUGAAACUUGCUGAAGUUGCUUUCAAACAGCUGAUGAAGGGCAAUGUGAUGUUCUAUGAGGAGGACCUGAUUGAGAGCAGCAUAGACGUCACUGACGCCUCAGUGUAUUCUGGGAUUUGCACUGAGAUCUUUAAGCAGGAAUCUGUGAUUCAUCAGAGGAAAGUCUACAGCUUCAUUCAUCUGAGCGUUCAGGAGUUUCUUGCUGCUUUCUAUCUGUUUUACUGCCAUUUAACAAAGAAUAAGAAACCACUGCGUGAAUUCACAGAUAUAUACAGAUCUGGUAAAGUCUCUCUGUAUGAUCUACUAAGAUCAGCAGUAGAUAAAGCUCUCAAGAGUAAGAAUGGACGUCUGGAUCUGUUCCUGCGGUUCCUGCUGGGCGUCUCACUGGAGUCCAAUCAGAGACUCUUACAGGAUCUACUGACACACACAGAGAACAGCUCAGAGACCAUCAGGAGAACCAAACGGUACAUUAAACACAAGAUCAAAGAUGAUCCUGAACGUCAUCCUCUCUCAGCUGAUCAGUCCAUCAAGCUGUUCCUCUGUCUGCUGGAAGUGAAAGAUCAGACUCUGUUCAGAGAGAUUCAGGAGUUUGUGAAAUCAGACAAACACUCAGAGAAGAAACUCUCUCCUCCUCAGUGCUCAACAAUCUCCUACAUGCUUCAGAUGUCAGAGGAGACGCUGGAUGAACUGAACCCCAUGAAAUACAAGACAUCAGCUGAGGGGAGAAGAAGACUGAUACCAGCUGUGAUCAACUGCAGAAAAGCUCUGUUGAGUAAGUGUGACGUCACAGAUGAAGGUUGUUCUGCUCUGACUUCAGCUCUGAGAUCAAACCCCUCACACCUGAGAGAACUGGAUCUGUCUGUGAAUAAUCUAGGAGAUUCAGGAGUGAAGCGUCUCUGUGCUGUACUGGAGGAUCCUCACUGUAAACUGGAGAAACUGUGGUAAGAUUAUAUAUGACACACUGUAAAAUAUUUGUGAAGUGAAAAACAAAUUACCCAGAAAGCCAGAAAACACAAUAGCUGUGUCAAGAUACAGAGAUACAGAAAGUAAAACAUUGUGUGUCUUUGUUUCUUGUUCAUGUGUGGACUUCUGUGUUCAUGUUAAAGUUGUUUCUGCAUUAGCAACACCUUUAAAUGGAUUCUGUUACACUAAGUGCUAAUAGCUCGUCUUGUUAGUAAAGGCUUGACUGUUAGCAGACAAAAUUACUAAAGAAACCAGUCAGAUAAGUGAGAGAGUAAGAACAGUGGCUUUUGAGGAGACCGACCCGAGUACAAAUCUGCAUUUCUUCUCAUUUAUUCCAUUGUAUAUUAGCUCAGAGAGGUGUUUAUAUUAAAGAAAACAUAAGAAAAUA